CAUAACUGUGACAGGAGACUCUGUGCCUCAUAUUGAAUAUUUUACUUUAAAGACAAAGAAUUUUCUGACAAUACUUCUGUAUGUCAGCAGUCCGAGUCCAAGUUUCCCGCUGGUAUGCAGACAUUUCCUUCACGCAGGCGCAGAACGUACCUGCAACAUGUCGGUCAGCUGAGGUCUCGGGCCCGACGUUCAGCCGACCUGAGGGGCCAGAGGACUCGGAUCUGUGAACGACACCAAAAAGACAGGAAAUCAAGAAUUUGUUGCCCAGUUUCUCCAGGUGUCUCCUGCACGGCGACAACAUGGCCGCUGCGGCAGCAGACGAAGGAAGCGUAGCGAGGUCUCUGAGCCACAGCAGCAGCUAUCAGUUCCUUCCUCCCUCCAGUGAUUGAACCCAGUAGGUCUUCAUUCAGUGUCUGACGUUUCCAGCAGAGGAACAUCAUGGAGAACUCAGGGUCAGAUAGAGAACAUAAGAGGCCCAGGAGGAGUGAAGAUGAACCUCCUCAGCCCAGCUCAGAGGAAGCACCUGUGGGGAUCAGGAGCAACACUGAAUUCCUCCCACCAGACAGCUUUCUGGAGUUUGAAAGUACAUCACCUCACCACAUCACCUCCAGUCACGAAGGGUCAGAUGUGAGUGUCAGCAGCAAUAGCAGCUUUUAUUGGCUGCCACCUCACAGCUCAGAGGAAGCACCUGUGGGGAUCAGGAGCAACACUGAAUUCCUCCCACCAGACAGCUUUCUGGAGUUUGAAAGUACAUCACCUCACCACAUCACCUCCAGUCACGAAGGGUCAGAUGUGAGUGUCAGCAGCAAUAGCAGCUUUUAUUGGCUGCCACCUCACAGCUCAGAGGAAGCACCUGUGGGGAUCAGGAGCAACACUGAAUUCCUCCCACCAGACAGCUUUCUGGAGUUUGAAAGUACAUCACCUCACCACAUCACCUCCAGUCACGAAGGGUCAGAUGUGAGUGUCAGCAGCAAUAGCAGCUUUUAUUGGCUGCCACCUCACAGCUCAGAGGAAGCACCUGUGGGGAUCAGGAGCAACACUGAAUUCCUCCCACCAGACAUCUCUGAGCUGCGGGUUGUUCUGCUGGGGAACAGCUGGUCUCAGAGGAGCUCAGUGAUUAACUUCAUACUGGGAGGGACUGUGGUCAACACUGAGGGAGAACUGGACUGCUGUCUGGCAGUGACAGUACCCUUAGAGGAUAAAAAAAUUGUUCUCAUCAACACUCCAGAUCUGCUGCAUCCCAACAUCCCUGAGAACAAACUGAAGGAACAUGUGAACAAGUGUGUGAGACUCUGUGAUCCUGGACCUCAUGUGUUCCUGCUGGUUCUCCAGCCUGAGGACUUCACUGAGGAACACAAACUGAAGCUCUGCAGAGUCCUUCAGCGCUUCAGUGAUCGAUCAUUUGAUCAUUCACUGGUUCUGAUGUCAACACCCAGAGAGGAGAGUCCAGGUUUCAUGGAAGAAUAUCGGCAGCGUCCACCCCUCAAAGACCUGAUCAGAAGAUGUCAGUACAGGUUCUUGUGGCAGAAGAAUCUUGAACUUCCAGAGCUGUUAACACGCUUGGAUCAAAUUGUGAAAGAGAACAACGGAGAACAUCUGAGCCCACGUGGAUCAAUAUAGGUCUUGAUGGAUUUAUCAUGCAAUCUGUUCUUAAUGGUUCAAAAUCCUUCAGAUGUCUCUGCAGUUUGUCAAAUGUUGAUCUGAGGUGAACACACACCUUCUGUCCUUGUGUUCUGGUCAGAUUGUCCAACAUGGUGAUUAUUACAUACUUUACUUCAUACAUGGUUUGUGUUUGAUUUAAACAUUUAACAGGAUCUUCAGCUUUGUCUUUAACCAUCAGAGCUGCAGAAAACAACAAACACAGAUCUCCUCCUGUUCUGUUGUUUCUUCUUUAGCUCAGUUAGCUUGUAGAUGAUGUCAGCGUCCUGCAGUCACUGCAGUGAUGGAAGAAGUACUCAUAUGUGUAAAAAUACUCUGUACUACUCCACCAUAUGUCAUUAUUAUAAGAGUCAUUGCUGAUAUGUUAACAAGAUUUUAAUGUCACAGCUUUUUCAGAUGUUUCAUGUAAUUGAAAGGGUUCAAAUAUGCGUAAUUAUUAUUAUUAUUAUUAUUAUUAUUAUUAUUAUUAUUAUUAUUAUUAUUAUUAUUAUUAUUCACUUUUAUUCCAUAUUCAUUUGAUCUUAAUCUUCAAUCACUUUUGCAAUCACUUACUCAUUAGUCAUUUAUUUUUUUCAUUUCAUUAUGAAUUAGUCAUUUACUGAUUAUGAUUCAUUAUUUUAUUAUUUUCAUUCUAUGGUUGUGGCUACUUUUAUUUCAUCCACAUAUUCAUUUAGUUUUUGUCUUUGUAGUGGGUCUGAAAUAGCCACAUACAGUUUAUUAGGAUAACAGUCAUCCCCUCUUUUUCAUUUUAAUUUUUGAACCUUAAAUUACAGUUUUUAUGAAUUGCUAAAACACU